GGUAGUUGCCUCCCCCAAAGAAGCUCGGCGAAUCCAGCUUCCUGUGGGAAUCUGUGGGCCAACUGAUUAAUGUGCUUAAGGAGAGACUUGAACUUGAAGGUGAUUUUUCACUACAAUUUGAGGAUCCAGAUUUUGGAAAUGCACUCUGCAACUUGACAGCAAUGUCUGAAUUACCAUCUGAGCGUGCAGUCCUGCAUAUUAUGUGGGACUGUGAUUCAUCUCUACUUAACCAAUCCAGUGACCAUUCCACUGGUUCAGUCUCUUCUCUUGAUACAGCCAGUGUUCACUCUGAUUAUUUCAGGUCCAGCUAUACAGAUUCCACCCAGAGCAAUUUAAGGCAUGUCACGGAGUGGCCCUCACCAUUUCCUAUCCCUAAGUUCUCAUACGAUGUUGAGCUAAAAUUGCGCAAGGGCAAUGAGACAUAUGAAAAGUCAAAGAAAGGACUUGACGUGACAAGAGACAUUAAAAUGGAAAUUUUGGAUAAAGUUGCACAGGCAAUUUUUGAGAUCAAAAGCUACCCUGAGAAAGAGGAACUUGAAUCAGUUGCCUCUUCGCUGGUUCUCAAGUAUCCCUGCCUGAAGGAGCCAGGUAGCAUCACAGGCUACGAUGGAUGGAAAACAAGUAUCAAGUACAAACUGGGAAACUACCGGUCAAAGCUGCGUCAGGCGGGCUGCAGUGAGGUAGAUGUAAACAAGAAAAGAACAGCAGAUGUGGAUGACAGUCCUUUCACCCUCAAAAAGCCCAAACGUGGAGAGGUCAGUCAUGUCCCAGAUCAUCCGCAACACCAUGAUGAUUCUACUCUUGAAGAGGAAAGAGUUGCUCUGGUCAACGAAAUGAAGAAGAAGAAAAAGAACAUGACACUGAUCCGGCACAAGAUGGGGCUGACAUUUUCCCUGAGGCGGAGAGAGGUGGUGGAAGGGCAGCCUAUGGUAUCAGAGGUCCAGGAGAGAUGGCCUGUGCUGUUUUCUGUUGAGGAGGGUGCACAGGAAAAGAUGCAAGCAUGAGACAUUGUGCAUGACAAGUGUGGCAGACCCUGCAGCUUGUGACCAGCUGACAAGUAGGUGAUGUUACAGUUAUUACAAUCAAAUUGCAUUGUUUUGUAUUUGUAUUAUAUUGUUGUGUUGUAUUUGUUUGUAUUGUUCAGGUAUCUGAAGAGUUUCAUCGGAUCACUGGCAAAGACCUCCUGGGGACUUUCGGUGCAUCUCUUGAGAAAUAUGUGCCUCGCUGCCUCGCCUGCUGAGACUGUACUGGGCUAGGAGGGGAGCUUUUGGUCAGAAGAUGGAUGAUCUCCUGGAAAAGCUUGAU